CCACAAACCCGGAAAUGCACCACAGCAUUUCUUGCAUGGAGAAGUAUCCAAGCAUUCCCAUUUUGUUCACAUGUGCAUCUAUUUUGACUUGCCGGCCCGGCAGUACUCGGCAUGCCCGCCCUGCGCGUGACGGCCAGGCGGGAAAAGUUCCCUCUGAGAUGGAUCAUCUGCACUGCCGCCGCCAUCAGUGACCAUGCAUGCAACAUGACGUGAGAACGUGACAGGCCAACAGACAGCUGAAGGCGCUCAAGGCUGUCACUGCCACAUUAUAUGUGAUUGCCAUGCCAUCCAAGCCUCGUUCCUCUUCCCCCUCUCUCUUCUCUCUCUCCUAACAACUCACAAGACAGCACAGCACAUCAACAUGUCAGCGAAAGAAUACUACGACAGCUUCAAGACCAACCCUCUUGCUCCUAACCCGCAGUAUCCGGAUACCCCGCCGGUGCUCUGGGCAGGCCCAGGCUAUCCCGACGGGAAAAGAGACAGACAUGCCUACCCUUUUCAACUCUACUACCCUCCCUCGCCUCCUCUUCAACCGCAACGACAUCAUUCAAGAGAUCACUCUCGAGAAGCACGACCACCAAUGCCUCAAAGACCCUACUACGCACCUCAACACCAGUCCUCACAAAGCAUCCCUCAAGAUCAAUAUCUGCAGCCUCCCCUCCGCCCUGAACGCUCCAUCUCUGAGCCUCGCUUUCCCACAGAACAUAAACACCAUCACCACCAUCGUCACCAUUCACGGCAUCGCUCAGAUUCGCGAUCAGAUUCCCGCUCCCUGUCACGGGAACGAUCUCGGGACCUAUCACGAACGCGAUCGAGAGACGACUCACGAUCGAGGGACCACUCGAGGUCGAGGAAUAUACAGCGAGACCACUCACGCGACCGGGCGAGGCCACACAAGAAGGAGAAGGGAUCAACUACGAAUACAUUUAUCGGUGCUUUUGGCGGUAGCGCGAUAGGGGAUUUGAUAUUCCCCGGGCUGGGGACAAUUGGCGGAGCGUUACUUGGGGGAUGGGGUGGUCAUGAGGUUGGGAGGAGUACGAGUGGUGGGUCGAGGGGACCGCAUAAGAGGGAUAAAUAUGAUGAAGAAUGGGAGGAGGGCUGCAGGCGGAGGGGUGAGAUUCCAUAAAAGGCAAGCAGGCAAGGACCGUACUGCUCAUCCGGGCAAGGUUUUCUUGAUCCCGCGGGCCUGAUCUCUAGAUCCUGUCGCCAGGUUGAGGAAUAGUAUCAAGGGGCAAGAUAUCCUUCGCAACCAGGUUGUGUCUGAUUUAAAAUCAAGUGAGAGUGGGCUUUUAUUCGAUCGCGGGCGAUGAAUGAUUGAACAUCUGGAAGACAGGCGGAGGAGGUAGUUGGGGCACGUCUUUCCCCCAUUUCACUCCUUUUCUUGGGCCGAGCGAAGCAAGGAUUCGAUACCCUGGUAAAGGUUGAUUCGGGAGCCGUCCUUGUGUGGAAACGAAAUUCUUUUUUAGGUAGGGCGGCCGGUGUACACAGAAAGGGCUUGAUGUCUAUUCAGUGCAAUGUCAGCGAUCAAGUGAUGCUUCAUCACUCAAAUACAAUUUAAUCUUUGUAAACUCAGACUUUAGGAAGAAUGGCCAUACUUCUAAGCUCUCAUGCACUUGAAUCCUC